AUGGUUCGGAAAAGUCCAUUUGGAUACUUGGGGCUCUUCUCCUUUGUUGCAUUCUUCUUUUUUUGCAGUUCCUGGAACUGGGGCAAUAAUUACAGUGCUUUAUCUGAAUACAGGAAAACAUCCAACAGACUGGCAUCUUCGGAGUCAGAAAAGUCCUUUGACGACGAAGAAAAUGAGCUUUCCAGGGAGUUUAAUUCAUCUGAACACAACGAUUCAUCACCAUUAUCACACCAUGCUAACAACCAAAGCGUUUCCAAGAUCGAAGAUUCCACAAAUUUGAACAAAACAGCAUUAUUGUCAUCACAUCAGGCUAACAACCAAAGCCUUUCCAAGAAAAAUAUCUAUUACAUCAAUGGAACGUAUGCUGUUUUGAACCCGUGGUAUGGCUGGCAACCAGAAAUACAUCCAAUGGAUUGUUCCUGGCAAUUUUGUAUGAUGGAUAAUCACACAUCCAAGACUUGUCGCGAUUCGAUGGAGGACAUGGCGGUAUCAAACAGCUCCUCCAUCGAUCCUGGGGAAGAUUGGAUCCCUGAUGUCACCAUGUUGCGUCGAAUGUUUUUGGACGGCUACGAUGCCAAUGGGCACCUUUGGCCCCCUCAAUUGGAGGACGAACUGUGCCAUGCGCUUGGCAAAAACACUAGUACCAAGAAAUUGCUAGACGAGGCAAAGAUAGUUGGGGCGCCGAUUUCCAGAAUGCCAGAAAAAAAGAACAACAAAAUUCUGUGCUUUACUUAUACCAUGGAGAAGAAUCAUGCCACCUCGAUUCGAGCAAUGCGAGAAACCUGGGCACCAGGCUGUGAUGGUUUCCUUGCCUUCUCGACAAAGUCUGAUCCUCGCAUACCUGCAAUUAGUAUUCCGCAUAAAGGACGGGAAGGUUACAGAAACAUGUGGCAAAAGGUUCGAAGCAUGUUCCAAUUCGUUGGAAAACACUACCUAUCGCAGUUUGAUUGGUUCUACAUUGGCGGCGAUGAUCUUGUGGUCUUCCCUCAAAACUUGAAAAAGUAUCUUGGAACCUACAAUUCUAGCCAACCCUUCUAUUUGGGAAGACGCUUCAAAAGGGGGGCAGAGAUUGGCUACAACACUGGAGGUGCUGGCUAUGUCCUCUCGCGACCUGCCCUGCAGUGCUUACUCGAACACUUGGAAGACAAAAGUUGCGAGCCGAAGAAGAAAACAUCCUCUGAGGAUGCCAAGACAGCAACUUGUUUGAGACUUGCCUGUAAUAUCACUUACGAGGACACACGAGACGACCAAAAGCGGGAGCGGUUUCAUCACUGGAGCGCUGAACGCGAGUAUGAGUACGAUGGCAAAUCGAAGUUUUGGAAUGGGUUGAACAAAGAUUGGGGACUCUUGUUGGGGAAAGACAGUUGCUCGCCCGAAACUGUCAACUUUCAUUAUAUCAAGAACCCAGGAUUGGCCCGGUACCUUUUCCACUAUGUCCAAGGUGGCUGUGUCCGAAGUGAAUGA